AGGAUCCCCGCCCGAGACCCCGCCCGCGGAGCUUGCGGCCAUUUUGCAUCCGUGAGGACGAAGCCGAGCCUCCCGGUCACCACCGUUCCCUUCACGCGUCAGCGGGUUGGAAAUGUCUGCCCUGUGGCCAGUCCAAGUCAUCCCCCUCUAGUGGCUGAAACCAGAACGUGAGCCCGUUUCCAGGCCAGGAAGAGACGACAGUAGCAGAAUUUCACAAAAGAAUCAAAGAAGCCUUUGAAGUAUUUGACCAUGAGUCGAACAAUACAGUGGAUAGAGAUUGGAACAAUUAUCAGGUCAUUGGGAUGCUGCCCAAGUGAAGGAGAGCUGCAUGACCUGAUUGCAGAUGUAGAAGAAGAAGAACCCACUGGAUACAUCCGAUUAGAAAAAUUCCUUCCAGUGAUGACAGAAGUACUGCUGGAAAGAAGAUACAGACCAAUUCCAGAAGAUAUCCUUCUUCGGGCUUUUGAGGUAUUAGAUCCAGCUAAACGCGGGUUUCUCACUAAGGAAGAACUGGUCAAGUAUAUGACUGAAGAAGGGGAACCUUUUUCUCAAGAGGAAAUGGAAGAAAUGCUGUCUGCUGCAAUUGAUCCAGAAUCAAAUUCAAUCCAUUACAAGGACUAUAUAUCAAUGAUGGUGGUAGAUGAAAAUUAAGUACUCUAAACACUUAACUUCUAAUUCAAAGGGCAAUUAAAAAUUUUUUCUUUGUCCUAGCUAAUUUCACAUCUUCUUUUGUAACUCUUACAUCUGACAAUGAAUUCCUCUGUACGUAAGUAUUGCAAGAUACUCCAAUGAUUUAAAGAUGAUUGUAACAAUGUAAAGCAUAAAUAUACUUCAUAUGUUUAGCCUAUGGAAUAGUCAAUUUCUAAUUUUAAACUACUCUUACAACAUUUUAAUUUUAUCAUUAGUUUAUUAUUUAUUUCCUACAAUAACACACAUGUUGCCUUUAAAUUUAUUAAAGUGAGAGGAGAAAAUAUAACUGUUAUAAUGGUCCAAAGUUCAGCAAAUAAACAUCUUGGGAGGGGACAGAAGGACCGCAGUUGAAAAUACUAACAAUAUGCUUAAGUCUUCCUUUCCAAAAACAACGGCAAAUGCCUCAGCACUCUGAAUGUGGACUGAGAGUUAUUGGAAUGACUAUUAAUAGUGCCAAGUAUAAAUUUAGUUUUGAGAUAAUAGUAGGUGAGUAUAGAAUGUUUAAUGUGCUGACCCAGCAUGUUACCAUAUGGAAUAGCUCAAGUUGAGAUAAGUAAAUCUCGAGAAAGGAAGACUGAGUAGAAAUCAGUCAUGCAGUGACAAUUGUCUCCUGAUCUCUAGAAGCUCUCUUGAGACAAUUGUCCUCCAACAGAUAAGAAUAUUGAGAAUGUUCGGUGUGCGGGAGGUAGAGCCGUUGAUAGAACAGAAAAGGUGAUCUGAGUACAGAGGCACAGUGGAAGAAUGCCAGGGACUUAUAAGCAAAGAGGAAUACACAAUAGAGGAAACUGAUUUCAUACAACACAAACACAUGCAGUGCGAUCUUUAUGUAAAAAUGGCUUCAAGACACCGCAGCACUUCUCACCAUUUCCCUUAGGUGGCUUAUCCCCUUCGGCAGCACAAAGCGUUUCCUCUUCUACCUCCCCACCUGCUGCCCUGCGACAAGGGAGCCUGAUCCCCACGAAGGCACAUGUGGUGGCGGUGACCACAGGUUUGCCGUCAUUAUGGGAGUGAUUGGAUGACUAAUAUGGCCCACCAGUUGCAGCCAUCUAUCCAGCUUGAGCCCCUGCUUGCUCAUCCUGGGCCUGUUCCUGCUCUUCUCCUUCCUUUGUAGGCCAAGCGGAGGGGUAAAGGUCCACCGAGUCUCCAAGUCUUCAUCGUGAGGCUCACAGCUCUGCCAGGGAGGAGGGAUAUCAAAGGAUCCCAUGUCAGCUUCAGAAGGAAAGAAAAGGCAAUCUCCAGGGAAGAGAGAGAGACGAAUGCCUACAAAUCAGAAUGUUGUGCCACUCCAGAAAGAUAAAGUGCUUCUGUGCUGGCCAAAUCAAGUACCAAUUCAACCUUUACCCAGAAAUACAUGCUCUCAGUAGUAGUCCUUUCAACAAGUUUUUAGCUGUUGUUUAAAAAAAACAAGGCCAAACUCAGUGCCAUGAAUCAAUUCCACUCACAGGAACCCUACAGGGCAGAGUAGAAGUGGGCCCAUUCGGUUUCCAGUUAACUCUACAGGAAUAGCCAGGCUCAUCUUUCUUCUGAGGAGUGGCAGUUGAGUUCGAACAGACAACCCCGUGGUUUGUAGCCCAACAGUUAAUUCACUGUGCUACCAGGGUGCUUAACUGAUGUCAGAGCCCACCCAAAAUACCUGAGUGUGAUUGCUGGUUUUUUAGCUGCCAAGACUGUUGAGGAGAAUGAGAACAUUCUAGUACUAAAGGGGUCGGCAGAUAGUUUCUUUGGAUGUGCCACAAUGAACAUAGAUGUGUAGAUAUCUAUUUGUGUCACAUUUCUUACUUCUCUAGGAUAUAUACCAAGUAGAGAGAUUUCUGGAAAAUGUGAUAGUUCUAGUCCCAACUUUUUAAGAAAGCACCAUACUUUUUUUUUUUAAGAUGGCUGCUUUUUAAAAGGCAAGCGUUUUAGAAUUCAAGCAUUAUCCUUUCUGAUAGCUGAGCACUCUCUGGUUUCUUCUAUAGCCCCGGUAUCUUCAGUGAUUUCUUCAUGAGGGCAAGUAUAGAGUAGGACCACAUCAUAACAACUUAAUUAUUUUUAGAUUAGGGUUACCAUUAGUGCAAGCUCAAAAUCCACUAAUAUAGCUACAGUUUAUAU